AUGAUUGUGUGUAAUGCAAGAUGUGUAUUAGCCCGAGUCAAGCAAAGUGUCGUCCAGAAAAACGUAUUAAAGUGUAUUAAUUACUACACCAACUAUGGCAUAUUCCAGACACACACUGCCCAGUUGCUGCAAGCUCGAGGACCUAGGUUUACUAAGCAUGCAUGCACCCUACUCACCACAAAUUAUUGCUGUGAAAAGGAGGUGUUUAGGGAACGAGAAAAUGUUAAGACUGAGCUGAAGACAUACAUUGAAGGCAGAAAGGAACGGCUGAAAGAUGCAGAGGAAAGACUCAAGGAGAGGAGCAGAGUUAUGCUCAGUGACAUCAAGGAAACCAAGCAGAAAGUUAAAGGAAAAGUUGAGGAAAUUAUCGAACGCGAAAAUAUUUACACCGUUCCAAAUCUGCUGUGUGUAGGAAGGAUUCUUAUCACACCUUAUUUGGGGAUGUUGAUUAUUCAGUCUGAUUUUGAUUUAGCUUUAGGGGUUCUUGGUUUUGCAGCAUUAACGGAUUUGUUGGAUGGCUGGAUUGCAAGAACCUGGGAAAGUCAAUCAUCGAAAAUCGGCAGUUUCCUUGACCCGCUCGCGGAUAAAAUGUUAAUUGCAACUUUGUUUCUUACAUUAACUUACGCCAAUUUGAUCCCGAUUGCUCUGACCGGCAUUAUCGUCGCCAGGGAUGUUAUUCUCGUUACAGCAGCAUUUGUAAUUCGAUACAAAUCACUGCCACCACCAAAAACGCUUAGUCGUUACUUCGAUAUGACCCACGCCACAGCCCAGCUAGCACCGACGUUCAUUAGUAAAGUAAACACUGCAGUGCAAUUGUUGCUGGUGGGAUCGACGCUGGCAGCGCCUGUCUUCCAUUAUGUCGGCCAUCCACUGCUGGAAUCGCUGUGGUACUUCACCGGCGCGACCACUGUCGCCGCCGGCAUGAGUUACAUUCUCUCUAAGGAUACCUAUAAAUAUCUUAGGAGAAACAAGAGCUAGACUAUAUUUAAGAGUUGUACCGAUAUGUUCGUUGUUAAACACUUGUUAAAGUGUAAUCGGUAGAAGAGUACUAUCACAUGACUUGUUGAGGCUUUAUUAAAUUUAUUUAGAUGUUUGGUUCAAUAUUCUUCUUACAAUUUGGAGAUUUAUAAGGUGCCAAAUUGUUUUUGUCUUGUAAUUCAGUCUGAAUUAAUUAUGUAAAUACAACUUUACAAUUGACUAGCUCAUUUGUUUACUCAGUUUGACAACAAACUUGUCCAACUGAUGAUUUACGCGUAUGAAUAAUGCAAAACCUAGAAAUACUGAUACUAGAGUGAUGAAUAAAGCGAUUGCCUCGAACAGUAA